UCAAAGAAGAAGCUGUCUCGCCAGCGUACGCAACGUUUCCAGCGACUGUACUGGCUGUUUCGUCAAAGAAGGCACUGUGCAGACCUUAGUAAUGGACAUCCUGGUGCCACGACGGCUGCUGUCCAAGGACCUUUUGACCAGCGAGUCCUUCGACUGCGCCGACGCCUUCGGCCACGGCACCUUCCAAAGGCGCCUGCUGCUGCUCUGCGCCAUAGCUACCUUCCUCGCGAACCUCCACGGCUUUGUAUUCCAGUUGAUUAUGAGAGACGUUAAGUACAGGUGCAAGCUUCCGGCGCCGCCGCCGCAUUACAACGGUUCUGCGCUCGAAUGGAGGAGUUUGUUAGUCCCCGAAGAAGCAGAUGGCGAAUUGAGCCUCUGUCGCCGCUACGAGCACCCGGAGGAACCAAACGGCAGUACCCCCAACACGAUUCCCUGCGGUGAGUGGGUGUACGACGAUGAUGACGAGCCGGCGCGCACUAGCAUCAUGAGUGACUGGGACCUCGUUUGUCAGAGGCGAAUACUCGUCUCGGUGAUGCUUGCGGUCCACAGCUUCGGCUCUCUCCUGUUCACAGUCGCCGCUGGAUCGCUCGCCGACGCAAUAGGUCGGUUGCCCGUUGUCCUGACAUGCGCGGUAGCACUCAUUGUCUCAACUGUCACCGCAUGCCUUUCCAAAAGCUACGUGAUGUUCGUGGCAGUGAAGUUUGUCAGCUCGGGCAGCGUCACCGCAGUCAUGAAUAUUACCAUCCUGUCCAUCUUCGAGAUUACCACGCACAAUAACCGGCCGCUACAUGUCAUCUUUGCCGGAACGCUGGGCCUUCUGUUUUCCGACAUGUGGUAUGCCACCGUCGCAACAGUCAAGCUCGGUUGGAUGCUGAAGCACGUGGUGUUUAUGUUUCCGACCCUGCUCGUGCUGCCGGCCUUCUGCGUCGUCUUCGAGUCACCCCGCUGGCUGGUCGCAAAGGCUGAUUUGAAUGCUGCGGAGGCGGUUAUGAUGAGUGCGGCCGCGAUCAACCACUUUCCCAUCCAAUACACGGCGUUGACACUGGACAAGGUCAAGACGGCGAUGGUCAGGAACGCCGUUCGCCUGCCUUCCAUCGACCAGGACAUGCUCGGUGGGUACUCCAUGCGGCGGCGCGCUCUGAUUUUGAGCCUUUCGUAUUUCUCCAUCACGUUCUCCGUGUUCAUCCGGUCGUUCGCCAGUGGGAAUCGAAAUGAGCCCUGGUACACUCUGGCGUCAUUCUCUGUGAACCUGUUAGGCUACGCGAUAAUGCACCUGCUAAUCACCAGGCUCAGCAUACUGGCUGUAAUGAACGUGUGGUUUUCGGUGCUCGGCAUGCUUCAAUGCCUUCUGAGUCUAGCGGUCGGCGCGGGUGCCGGGCUGAUGAGCCAGGCCCUGGUCAUGGUGGCCACGGCGCUCUUCUACUCCGGCUCCGUCCUUUGCUUCGUCUACACUCUCGAGCUUUUCCCUACAGCCAUCCGUGGCACGGUGGUGUGCUGGGUCUUCGCCUGUGGACGCCUAGGCGCCGUGUGUGCCACAGUAGUGCUGGAGUUCCUUGGGCUCAGUCGUGCUGACCUCGGGCACGCGGUGGCCGGCACUCUUCUUAUGGCAUCGUUGUUCGCCCAGGGUGGCCUACCGCAGGCUACCUCGGUAGAGUGCACCAAGAUGGAACACCGGCGCGCGUCGGCUGUGAGCAAACGCAGCAUGGAAUACAUGAAGAAGACGCUCCACACCGGGCUCCACGACACGACCAGAAGUAGGAUUAGUACCGAGAACUCCAAGUGUAGCACUGUCUCUCGCAGCCAUCGACGUUUGCGUCGCUAGACGCGAGAUAAACGUUUGACAUAGUUUUUUCUGCUUCCGUUAUGUCAAGGCUGCACUACGUUUUUUUUGCAAGGGACAGCUUGUAAACCUUCAAUCUCAAACGUCUACAUCUCGUGAACUGCAAUGUGUUGUGUGGUCAUGGUCUAUAGGUAGCUUACGCGAAAUCGUGUAAUGCUCUUGUCUCUACAAUUUUUUUAUUUAUUUCGUCUGUGUUUUGGAUUUUCGAAGAAAGUGUCUUGUUUUCAGACAGCAGAGUGUGGACAACCGCAUAUUGCAUUGUUCUUUUUGCUUGGGUAAAUUGCCUAAGGUUGCUCCGGUAUCGCCAAUAUUCUCUGAAAACUAAGCUCUAAAACCUGGUUAUGCUAUGCGGCUCUUCUUGCACCUGUGUUUUUCCCCUUGCACACAUCUCUUCGUUUAUUUCGUUCAUAAAGUAGUAUAUUUUCCUGACAAGUGAUGUUAGUAUUUUAAGAUGAUGUGGUUGAGGAAUGAGGUAAUGCACGUCAUGCUUCUUUCUUACUGUCGUUUUUGAGCUUAAUUAUAGCGAGCACUCUGUUAAUGCUAGUGUAUUGAGUGCCCUCGCGAAUAUGGCGUUUCGUGAAAUGCGGUGUGCAAUUACGACAUAAAGCAUUUGGCAUCGUCGAAUGCGGCCAUGCUGCGAUGUAAUAGAAACCUCACAACCAAACUCGUGUGGCCGCCGCGCCGGACGCCGCAGGCGCUGCUACCAACUACGUUGACUUAAUACGUUCCGUCGUUUUUUCUGUUUUGCACUGCCGAACUCGUGAAAUUAGAUCUGAGUAAACAUGUGGCGUUUU